AGAUGAAUGACUUCGUAAUCUCAUUGUCUCCGUAGCAUUUAUAAGCACAGAGAUGAGUAGUUGAUGCUUGCAGAUACAUUAUGCUCAUUUUUAUUUGUUUCAUCUUGUUGGUACCUCUCCUAAAAAGUGAAGAUUACAAACCAGUCCACAAAGGAAUUCCUGGCACUUUUAGCCAUAAGGUAUACUUGAAGAAUUCAGAUGGUGUGCCUAUCUCUCCCUUUCAUGACAUUCCCUUUAAAGUUGAGGAUGGAGUAUACAACAUGGUGGUAGAGAUGCCAAGAUGGAGUAAUGCAAAGAACGAAAUUACCAAGGAGGAAACAUUAAACCCAAUCAUUCAAGAUACCAAAAUAUAUGAUGGAGUAAACACACUGAGAUAUGUCAGCAAUUUGUUCCCUUAUCAUGGUUACAUGUGGAACUAUGGAGCUAUUCCACAGACAUGGGAAGAUCCGGAGUAUGUUGACCCAAACACUGGGGUUGGAGGUGAUAACGAUCCUGUUGAUGUUGUCGAGGGGCUCAGGAUGUACAGUGCAGUAGAACGUGGUACUCCCAACACACUAGACUACAGGAUAUUCUACACUAAUAAGGAUGGAGCUGCUAUCUCCCCCUUCCACGAUAUACCCCUUUACGCUGACGAUUCUCAGCAGUAUUGCAACAUGGUGGUAGAGAUUCCUCGCUGGACUAACGCUAAAAUGGAGAUUAGUAAAGACGAACCACUCAACCCCAUCAAACAGGAUAUCAAGAAAGGUAAGCUGCGGUUUGUUAACAACGUGUUUCCUUACCACGGGUACAUCUGGAACUACGGAGCUAUCCCUCAGACCUGGGAGGACCCCGCCCACGUUGAUGCUAACACUAAAGCUAAGGGUGACGACGAUCCUUUGGAUGCUGUGGAGAUUGGAGCCGGUGUAGCCAAGAGAGGAGAAGUAAAACAAGUUAAAAUACUUGGAGUGCUAGCAAUGAUAGACGAAGGGGAAACUGACUGGAAGUUGAUUUGCAUCGAUAGAAACGACCCUCUAGCUGGAGAGCUUAACGAUAUCGGGGACGUUGAAAGGGUAAUGCCAGGAUACCUGGAGGCUACCAGAGAUUGGUUCAGAAUAUACAAGUUCCCUACCGGCAAACCUAUGAACGAGUUCGCUUUUAAUGGUGAGUGGAAAGACAAAGCUUUCGCAGACAACAUCAUCAAAGAAACCAACGGUCACUGGAAAGCUUUAGUGUCGAACAAGGGAGUGGCAGAUGAUGUGAACACUAAAAAUACUACUGUUCAAAACAGUCAUGGUCUUAUAACUGUUGACGAAGCUUCUCAAAUCCUAAACAAAGUGGCCGCACCCCACCCAACCGGGCCUGCCGUGGACCCCUCAACCCAAAACCAGUGUUUCGUUAAGCGUACUAUUCCUGAAAGUGUCUGUGCUUAAUGUUACUAAAACUAGGACUCAAUCGAGACUCAAUCGGGACUCUGGUUUCGAAUUUGGGCACAACUGUGGCUCAGGAUCAAGAUUUAUUUUCCAAGAUGUAUAGAAGAGAUUUCUAAUUUCAUAGAUUGAGUUUUGAGUAAUUUAUUAGUUUUAUGGUAGGGA